UGUUUUGUUGUGUGAUAGAGAUAGUGUUUUUGUUGUGUGAUAGAGAUAGUGUAUGCCUGUAAUUUAUCUCAAAGAAGACCUCGUACUUUCCAGUCUUUACUCCGCAGCUGUCCCGUUCUCAACAUUUGCUUUAAGUUUGAUGGUUCUAUACCGAGUAACUUUAACAGUUUAGCAAUUGCAGAUAAUUUCAUGUCCAACGGAGUGUGUCACCACUAACCAUCAGACGUCGUUUAUUUGUUACCUACUACAAAGAAGUAUCUCCAGCUAAAGACUAGUACUACUCUUACUGAUCCGAUAAGAAUCUGUCCUUGUGUUCAUUCUGCCAAAAGAGAAGGUAGCAUUACAAGUUGUAACAGAAUCCCGCCACUACCAGCCUUCUUCCAUCUCACUCGCUAAUCAGAAAUGGUAUUAGAAGUUCUAGCUCUCUUUCCCCGGCUCGCCCCCUUCAAAGUCAUCACCCUUGACGAUGUGUGGGACCAGUGGAACAGGAGCUUCAUGUUCAUCAUGACCGUCCUGUUUGGGAGUAUAGUCACUAUACGGUCAUAUACUGGGAGUGUUAUAGAGUGCGACGGCUUUUUAAAGGUUCCGGUUGAGUUUGCGAAGGAUUAUUGUUGGACGCAAGGGAUCUACACUCUAAGAGAAGGCUACGACUACCACAGCUCCAUUUUGCCUUACCCGGGAGUAUUUCCUGAAGAUGUACCAGGCUGCUUGGAUAAAAUUCUCGACAACGGAGGCAGGAUUGUUUGCCCUUUGGAAAAGAAAUACGCCAAAUUUCAGAGAGUUUACCAUUCUUGGUACCAGUUUACUGCAUUCUACUUCUGGACCGCUUCCUGCGCUUUCUUCCUACCCUACAUGAUGUUCAAAUUCUUCGGUAUGGGUGACCUGAAGCCGGUGAUAUCAAUGUUACACAAUCCAGUGGAGACAGCAGAAGAACUAGACAUGCUCACUAAAAAGGCUGCCAGGUGGCUAUACGUUCGGGUUCACGCCUACAUCCACACCGACCAGUACUACGGAAAGAGAGUAGAGAAGCACCUCCUCUUCUUCUCCAUCAUGCUCACUAAAUCCUGCUAUCUCCUCUUUUCUGUUAUCCUCUUCUGGCUGACCGAGAAGAUGUUCCACAUUGGCAGCUUCAUGAGUUACGGGCUUGACUGGGCUGCUGAAGAAUCAGAGCCUGGCGAGGAUUACAAAAGUCUGAUACAAGACAAGCUCUUCCCAAAGAUGGCUUCCUGUGAGAUAAAACGCUGGGGAGCUACAGGAAUUGAAGAAGAGCAAGGAAUGUGCGUUUUAGCGGCCAACGUUAUUAACCAAUAUCUCUUCCUAAUCUACUGGGGAGGGAUGGUUAUCACUGUUAUCGUUAACGUUCUCUCUGUCCUGAUAGCCCUCAGCAACCUCUGCUUCAUCGAGGGAGCUUACAGGAACCUACUCGCUACAGCCUUCCUCCGGGAUGAACCCGCUUACUCGGAGAUCUGGAGGAAAUCAGGAACCUCGGGCCGUGUGAUCCUGCAACUGAUCGCAAAGAAUGUGAACCCCAAGAUAUUUGAGCACGUGUUGAAUGAGCUGGUUAACUUGUUGAGAAUGGCUGACAGGUCAGGGUUUGAUUCUAGAGCCGAGGAGGAGGAUGAGUUUGUACAUCCUGACAAUGAAAUGGAGUUUGAAGACACUUUGUAGUCUCGCUAGUUCAACUAGGUUAUGUUAGUUCAAUCAUAUAGGCUCCUUAAGUUCAAAUAAGACAGCGUCUUGGUGACGGUGAAACCUUCAAAAUCAAAGUUGGUAGCGAUGAAUUACAGAGGCACUAGAAAAGGUGUACUUUUACACAGACGUCACACAGGAAUGAUGCCGAUUAAAUAUAGGAUCACUAACUUUUUCCAGUCGAAGAAGUUUCUGUUGUUUUUAAUUUAACAGCUAACAGUAACGUUAUCUUGCCACAUCGGGCAUGGAAAUUAUUUUAUGUCGUUUAAUAUUAAUACCUUCGAAGAAUUACAUCAAUUUAUAAGAUUUAUUUUCGUUUAAGGAAAAGCUACGCCAACGGUCCACUGUAGCCAAUUUAAGACUUCUGUAACUACUAAAUAUGUUGUAUGUAUAUAUAUAUUUUAUAAAUUGAAUUAUUUGCAAUUAUUCUCAUAGUUUUUAUUGGUUCAUGCAUAGAUUAUCGUUAAUACUAUCAAGAUCAGAUAAUACAG